UAAGUAUUUAUUGAGUACAUGUACAACUGUACAUAAAAUAUAAACUUCUUGUUGGUGAGAUUAUUCACUCGUCAUGAAUAUUUUCAGACUCAUCGAUCUGAUUCGGUUCGUGACGCAGAGUCUUGAGAGGGAGUCGGCCAUCUUUACCAUAGACGAUCUUUGAGGCGCGUCUCCGACGUGAGCGCGUGAGGCCGAACAGGUGCAUUGUGGGAAACAGUCUUUGACGCCGUCUGUUGAUUUCUCGACGCCCGACGUCGCGUCUCUCCUCACUGCAGGAGGAAUGUGAAGCGGGCCGACACGGAACACGCGAUCUACUCACAAGAUCCACUUCCGGUGGGCCGACCGGAACCAUGGAGGACGGAGAGGGAGGCGCGCGCCCAGUGGCGGCGGCGCUGCGCAGAGGGGUCAGCUGCACCACGCCCACCACGCCCAACGAUGAGAUCAACGGCGCCGGCAACCUGAUGGACUUCCUGGACGAGCCGUUUCCCGACGUGGGGACGUACGAAGACUUCCACACCAUCGACUGGCUGAGGGAGAAGUCCAGAGACACGGACCGCCACCGCAAGGUCAGACCGGCCGACCUCCGGCAACCGUACGCGCCGCGUGGCGCCGCCGGUCCUCAUAGGCUCCUCCCCCUUUCACCAGAUCACCAGCAAGAGCAAAGAGUCCCUGUGGGAGCUGGUCAAGAGCCUGCUGGACGCCUGGUCCGGCUGGGUGGUGAUGCUGCUCAUCGGGCUGCUCUCAGGUACGCUGGCCGGCGUGAUCGACCUGGCGGUGGACUGGAUGACCGACCUGAAGGAGGGCGUGUGCCUGUCGGCCUUCUGGUUCAGCCACGAGCAGUGCUGCUGGACCUCCAACGAGACCACCUUCGACGACCGGGACAAGUGCCCCCAGUGGCAGACGUGGGCGGAGCUUAUGACCGGCCACGCCGAGGUCCGCCCCCGGGGGGAAUGGAACGCGCGUCGUUUGAUUGGCGACCGGAGAAGGAACGCGUUGUGCUUGUCUUUCAGGGAGGCGGAGCCUACGUGUUGAACUACUUUGUGUACGUUCUGUGGGCGCUGCUGUUCUCCUUCCUCGCCGUGUCGCUGGUGCGAGUGUUCGCGCCGUACGCCUGCGGAUCGGGGAUCCCCGAGAUCAAGACGAUCCUCAGUGGCUUCAUCAUCCGGGGCUACCUGGGCAAGUGGACCCUGCUGAUCAAGACCGUCACGCUGGUUCUGGUGGUGUCGUCGGGCCUCAGCCUGGGGAAGGAGGGGCCUCUGGUCCACGUGGCGUGCUGCUGCGGGAACCUCUUCUGCAGCCUCUUCUCCAAGUACAGCAAGAACGAGGGCAAGCGGCGCGAGGUGCUGUCGGCCGCGGCGGCCGCCGGCGUGUCGGUGGCCUUCGGGGCGCCCAUCGGAGGAGUUCUGUUCAGCCUGGAGGAGGUGAGCUACUACUUCCCCCUGAAGACGCUGUGGCGCUCCUUCUUCGCCGCGCUGGUCGCCGCCUUCACGCUGCGCGCCAUCAACCCGUUCGGCAACAGCCGGCUGGUUCUGUUCUACGUGGAGUACCACACGCCGUGGUACAUGGCGGAGCUGGUGCCCUUCAUCCUGCUGGGCGUGUUCGGGGGCCUCUGGGGGGCCCUCUUCAUCCGGGCCAACAUCGCCUGGUGCCGGCGCCGGAAGACCACGUGGCUGGGGAAGUACCCGGUCCUGGAGGUCAUCGCCAUCACGGGCAUCACGGCCGUGCUGGCGUUCCCCAACCCGUACACGCGGCGCAGCACCAGCGAGCUGAUCUCAGAGCUGUUCAACGACUGCGGCGCCCUGGAGUCGUCUCAGCUGUGCGACUACGUCAACAACGCCAACGGCAGCCGGCCGGUGGACGACAUCCCGGACCGGCCGGCGGGGCCCGGCGUGUACACGGCGCUGUGGCAGCUCGCCCUCGCCCUCGUCUUCAAGGUCGUCAUCACCAUCUUCACCUUCGGCAUGAAGAUCCCGUCGGGGCUCUUCAUCCCCAGCAUGGCGGUCGGCGCCAUCGCCGGGCGCAUGGUGGGCGUCGCCGUGGAGCAGAUGGCGCUCCACCACCACGACUGGAUCAUCUUCAGGAGCUGGUGCCGGCCCGGAGCGGACUGCGUGACGCCGGGCCUCUACGCCAUGGUGGGCGCCGCCGCCUGUCUGGGCGGCGUGACCCGGAUGACCGUCUCCCUGGUGGUCAUCAUGUUCGAGCUGACCGGCGGCCUGGAGUACAUCGUGCCGCUGAUGGCCGCCGUCGUCACCAGCAAGUGGGUGGCGGACGCCUUCGGGAAGGAGGGCAUCUACGAGUCGCACAUCCAGCUGAACGGAUACCCGUACCUGGACGUACGCGACGAGUUCACGCACCGCACGCUGGCCACGGACGUGAUGCGGCCGCGCCGCAACGACCCGCCGCUCGCCGUGCUCACGCAGGACGCCACGGCGGUGGGGGAGGCCGAGGCGCUCAUCAAGGACACCGAGUACAGCGGCUUCCCGGUGGUCGUGUCCAGAGAAUCGGAGCGGCUCAUCGGCUUCGUCCAGCGCCGCGACCUCACCCUCGCCAUCAAAACGGCCCGCCAGAAGCAGGACGGCGUGGUGAGCAGCUCGCUGGUCUACUUCACCGAGGACGCGCCGCAGCUGCCGGCCAGCGACCCGCAGCCGCUGAAGCUGCGGCGCGUCCUGAACCUCAGCCCCUUCACCGUCACCGACCACACGCCCAUGGAGACCGUGGUGGACAUCUUCCGCAAGCUGGGCCUCCGCCAGUGUCUGGUCACCAGGAGCGGGCGCCUCCUGGGCAUCAUCACCAAGAAGGACGUCCUGCGGCACAUGGCUCAGAUGAUGAACCAGGACCCGGAGUCCAUCAUGUUCAACUAGACCCGCCCCCCCGUCGGUCCUGCAGCCAUAUGUGGUCCACGUGUUCCAUCCUGUUCCCGCUUCUUCGGCCUGAAGAGCCUCGUGUUCAUUCCACA